AUGCUUCUCUCUUCUAGUUUUAUUGGUCGCGUCCAUCGCUCGCCGGCACUGGGCCUGCAAAGACUGACUUUACGUCCCGCUACGAACUCGCGAUGUUGCUUCACAACCACGACGAGGCUACUUACACAGCCCUCACAAGACAAGAAGGACCUGAAUCAUAAGUCUCCGACUUCAACUCCAGACCUAUCUCAAACGACUUCUUCCAAACCCAAAGACACAGUCUUACACGAAGAUAUCUACAACAUCCCGAACGCCCUCACCUUCAGUCGCCUUAUCGCCGCACCAAUUGUUGGCUAUCUGGUGUUACACGACCAGCAUGCGUGGGCUGCCGGCCUAUUCGCUUACGCCGGCAUUACCGAUCUAGUAGAUGGAUGGAUCGCACGACGGUGGAAUCGCAAGACUGUUGUGGGCACUGUCAUUGAUCCUAUGGCCGACAAGGCUCUCAUGACCAUUUUGACAGUUUGCCUGGCUAUCAAGGGGGCCUUUCCGGUCUGGCUUGCUGUCAUAAUUCUUGGCCGUGAUGUCGGCCUCGCCAUUUCUGCAAUCUACUAUCGCUGGAUCUCUCUUCCCCCUCCCAAGACCUUCUCCCGCUAUUGGGAUUUCUCUCUGCCAUCCGCCGAAGUCCAUCCCACCACCAUCAGCAAAUACAACACUGUCCUCCAAGUAGGCCUGAUCGGCAUUACCACAGCCGCACCACUAAUCACUGCCGAUAUUUCAUCAGCUCUUACCAUCAUGCAAUAUAUUGUAGCGACAACGACAGUCUGGAGUGGUGCCAGUUAUAUAUACAGCAAAGACGCCGUUAAAAUUCUUAACCAUCCAAAGGCUGGCUCUAAAGGGCAAAAGUAA